UUCCCCUCAUCAUCGGUGGUCAGUCCGAGGUCCCCAGCUGUCGCGAACAGUCAGCUUGACACACGACUGCUCAGCCUACCACGCACACAAACACACAUACAAACACACACACAAAAUCAUAGAUAAGUGCACGAAUAUAGACAUAUGCUCACACCCGAGCCUGAAAUCAGCACAUUUAAAUCACUUUGGAAAUCACCUAAAGAGACAAUAGAAGGGAUCAAGAAAGGGCCCAGACUGUGCGAGUGGUGACACAGAAUCCUGAGGGCCUGAAGUAAGGAGGCAGGUCGGUCGGCUAGUUUGUUAGGCUCAGAUCCACUGAUCGUGCAGUGUCACAAUCAUCGCCAGCAGGUGAAAGACUCAUUCACGGAGAGAUUUACCCACACGCUGGAUUUUGUCAUUUCUUCUCCGAGCUGCGUGAAUUUUGAGAGGUGGCGCAGGACUGACUUUAUCCACCAAACACCAUGGACCAGGAGGAUGACAAAAACUCUGUGGAUAUCCAUGACAAUCCUCCAGCUCCUGACAAUGUAGUGAGAGAGGACGGAGACACUGUCUAUUUCAUAUAUGAGGAGGAGGUGGAGGUGGAGGAGAAGGAACCAGAAACUCCAGAGCCUGUUGUCCGGAUCAACGACAAACCCCACAAGUUCAAGGACCACUACUGCAAGAAACCCAAGUUCUGUGAUGUCUGCGCUCGCAUGAUAGUCUUGAACAACAAAUUUGCUCUGAGGUGUAAAAACUGCAAGACCAACAUCCACCAUUCAUGUCAGUCCUAUGUCGAGUUCCAGAGGUGCUUUGGCAAAAUUCCACCUGGCUUCAGAAGGGCCUACAGUUCCCCUCUGUACAGCAGUGACCAACCAGAUUCAAACAACCCGAACCGGAACGACCCCGUCUUUGACACCCUGCGGGUCGGUGUCAUCAUGGCAAAUAAGGAGCGCAAAAAGAAUGAAAAUGACAAGAAAAAUAUGAUGAUGAUGAUGGAGGAAGAAGAAGAGGAGAACCAACAACCCAAAGAGAAUGAGGAGGGAGGAGAAGGGAAGCCUGAUGAUAAGAAGGAGAAAGGAGGAGACAAAGCAGAUGACAAGAGUAAGGGUACAUUCUCCCAUUCCCACUAUUACCUGGCUCUCUACCGCUUCAAGGCCAUAGAGAAAGAUGACCUCGACUUCCACCCUGGUGAUCGGAUCACAGUACUGGAUGACUCCAAUGAAGAGUGGUGGAGGGGAAAGAUGGGGGAGAAGACAGGCUACUUUCCCACCAACUACCUCAUAAAAGUGCGUGCAUCGGAAAGAGUUUUCAAGGUGACACGCUCCUUUGUAGGGAACAGAGAGAUGGGACAAAUCACACUGAAGAAAGAUCAGAUUGUGGUGAAGAAAGGAGAUGAGAAAGGUGGCUACUUGAAGGUCAGCACUGGACGCAAGCUGGGCUACUUCCCUGCUGAUCUGCUGGAAGAGAUCACUGUGACAUAAAAAACCUCGACAUGCAAUGAAAGAGCCUGCAAAACACUUUGAAUAUCAGCACAAAUUGGAGACGUCACUGUUCGGGAGAUCCAUCCUCGAUCUUUCAGCAAUUUUCCAUAUUUGUUACCUAAAAAUGAUUGUGUCUGUCACAGCAGAAAUGUAUUUGCUGUGAUGUAUUUGAGCCUUUGACACAAAGUGAAGCAUGAGAAAGGAGAGAUUAAUUAUUUGAUAGUUUGGAAAACAGUUUAAUUAAUAUGUACAUUAAUAAGUUGGUAAGAGACAAUCAGGUGAUGUUUGUGGCCUUGUUGUGAAUAGCACGGUAAUACAAAUGGUCAGACGCUUUAAGUUACUACCUGCUGAUUAUAGCUAGCAUUGAGGAGAGGUAGAGAAAACCUGGAGAGUCUUGCAAAAGGUCAUAAAUCAAUUCAAUAAUUGAUAUGAAGGUAAAAGGUUUAAGACAAGCAUCAAUAUAUUUCUAAAUCAAUUUGACAAUACAGUUUUUAAAGUAAAUAGACAAUGGGAGCUCCUGUUACAUCUCACAGCAGAUUAGUAAAAUUUGGCCAUAACAAAACAUCUGAGUGCCAGAUAAAUGGUUUUAAGAGUUGGCAAAUAGGAAACUGAUAGUAAAUGAAAAUGCAAACAUAAAGAACCCCACAUUGAACUUUUAUAUUGUUAAAAACAUGAAUUUAGCUAUUUAUUCCCAUUUAAUGUUACUGUUAAAAAAUAUCUAAUGAGUGUUUGUUACCAUUGGCAAGGCUCCUAGGUCCUUUAUUGUUACAUAAAUAGAGGCUUCAAAUCCAUUUCAACAUGUACAUAGCUUUAUAUUAACAAAGAAAGUAAACAGUGCAAAGAACAUUUCCUAGAUUGGGCUUGUACAUAAUUUCACUUGUGACCCUGACAAUAACUGAAGAAAAGCUACAUGAACUUUUUCUUUGUAAAAACACAGCAAUACUGCUCAAAAUGGGUUCAAAUGUUUGCACUAAUUACUGCUGAUAAAAUCUGACGUAUGCUUGAAGUCUAAAUGUUUUAAAUAUUAAACCUGAAGUGCACUUAAAAACUCCCUGUGAAACAAUAUUGUAUUCAAAACAAUAAAAGAGACAGAGAUGUAGA